UACUCACGCUGGGUGCUUCGUUUUCGUUCGGGUGUCUGCCGAAGACUGCCGACGCACGGUGGUGAAAUUGAAACGCAAUAACAAGGUCACAUUGGCUGCAGCAAGAGACAGCAGCAGCUAGAGAGGAGCUCGGACGUGUCUUACAGCCACAGCACAGCACAUCCCUCACUUACCUGCCAACAUGAUGCAAUGUCUGCACUUCCUUGUUGAGCCUGCCAAGACCUUCGCCUUCCAUGUAAAGGAGUCUCGCAACAAGGCGAAGGAUGAGAGGGCAGAACCGCUGGUGGAGAGCCAGGUGUUCAUCAUGGAACUGGCCAAGGACCUCCACCGAGUUUGCCAGAGGUCAGAUGUUCUGGAGCACAUCUGGACUUGUGCAGAUGUCUGGCCUGCCACGGUGUGUCAGGCCUUCAUCAGCGACUGCGCUUCACUGUUGGACGGCAAGGUUGCCGGCAGAUUGGAGAGCAGUUAUCAGUGUGGGCCGCGCCUGGACUCACAGGAGACAGGUGGCGGCCAUGAGGAGGACGCCGCCAAACUGGCCAUCCUGGAAUGGACCAGGAAGCUGAAGAAACUACCGGAGGACAGCCUGUGGCCGGGGCAAGCAGUGGUGGAUAUCCUGGAUGACAUCGCCAUCAGCUGGCAGAAAGGCUGUGUGCCAAGCCUUCAGCCGGCAGUGGAGCUUCUGCUGUGGGCCACAUUAACCGAAGGCUUGGACAAGGAAGCUAUUCCCCAGAAGUGGCUUGUGUGGAAACAAAGGACUAAGGACAUUGAUGCCAUCUCGUACAUUCCGCAGAAGGUGUGGAACUGGAUACGGGAAGCUGCAGUUGAGGUGACCCUGGAUGCUGAAACAGCCAACCCUGACCUGGUACUCUCCCCUGAUGAGAGGAAGAUGCGCUGUGGGUUCGAGAGGCAGGACCUCGUCAACCAUGCCCAGCGCUUCGACGGCUGGUGGUGUGCCCUGGGCAUGGAGGGCUUCUCUGCCGGGCGGCGCUACUGGGAGGUGGAGGUUGGUGACAGGGACUGGCGGUUGGGCGUAGCCAAGGCAUCCGCCUUCCGCAAGGGCUUUAAGUCCCUGAACACGGCCUCCGGGUACUUAACGCUGCGACUAGAGAGGGGCUCAGAGAUGAAGGCAUUGACUGUGCCCUUCACCGCCCUGGCCCCCACCCUUGGCAACCCGCAGAGGGUGGGAGUCUACCUCGACUACGAAAAGGGACAGCUGUCCUUCUACGACGCCAAGAACCGCUCACACAUCUACACCUACAAUGAGACCUUCACUGAAGAGCUCUACCCUCUCUUUGGCACCGUAGAGAUCAUCAAUGACAUGGUGAUCUGGUCUCCCGGGGCACCUGAGCCUCGUUGUCCUGGAAUCUGUGUCUGGGGUUAAAACGGUUACCCUCAGCACAUGGUGAGCGAUCUGAGUAAAUUUUGGGGCAAAAUCUCAAGAUCUCACAGUCACAGAUUCCCCACUGCUGUAAAAUCCAGACUGCUUGGCAAAUAAGUUGUUCUGUAACUUAUAUUUUUUUCUUGCUGGCUACAUGUAUCUUACAAUGCUAAUAUUUUAAAAUGAUGUAUAUCUGUGGUGUGUACACCUUUAAAGUAACAAUGAUGCACUUUAUGUGAAUAGUAAAGGUACUCUGUCGUGCACUUA